CGACCUCCAACAUCCAACGCAAUGUUUGCACGACCCGGCGGAGCCAUGCUGUUGUAAUUCCGAAAAAAGUAGGUGUUUUCUUUCCUUUUCUCCGAACAUGAAGUAGUAAAAACCUCUCUACUAGCAACUAGGAAUUUCUUCACGUCGAUAUAGUAACCCAAAGUCGCGGUUCGCCACGACCAAAAUCAUGGCUCGUCUCGACCGAAACUUUAUUCCCCCCGAGGGAGAAACAACUACAUAUCACAACCCUUCGACCUCCUCGUCCUCCUACCCAACAAAACCGACCCCCACGACCCUCGAGCAGGAAGAGACCGAGGAGAAAGUUUUGAAUUGCUUUAAGCAGUUUCUUCUGAACCAGCUCGGGAAUAAACCAAACGCGGAAUUUAACACCGAGACUGACGAAACGGCAAUCAAAAUCCACAAGGAAAAGCACUUGAAUUACCUCCAAAAGGCGAUUUUCAGUAUACCACAGCAGUUCUCCGGGCUGGACGCGAGCCGACCAUGGUUUGUGUACUGGAUAUUACACGCGCUGGAAUUACUCCGGGAAGAAGAGUUUAUUGAGAGAAAUGUCACGAAGGAACGGGUGAGGACUUUUCUAAUGCAGUGCUUCCAUGAUAGUAAAACAAAAACUGGUUGUUCCUCUGCAUCAAUAGAAGCAGAUGGGACAACUACAACUACGACUACUGCCUACCGACCAGGCAUUUCCGGCGGCUUUGGCGGCGGCCCGAGGCAGUUGACGCACCUGGCCACGACCUACGCAAGCGUGGCGGCGAUGUGCAUUUCCGGGGCGUACCGCAGUGGGGGCGAAAGAGAAGAAGCAAUCACGUCGAAUCCGAUAUUGGACAGGAGUUUGAUUUACCGGUUUUUGCUCAGCAGGAAAGACCCCGUAACCGGCGGGUUUAGCAUGCACGACGAGGGGGAAUUGGACAUCAGGGGAACGUAUUGAUAAAAUUGAUUCUUUUUUUUUGUGUUGCUGGUUCAUGUAUCACAGCGUGUUCCUGUCAUGCAGAAUGGAUGCUAUGUAUUGUGUAUCUAUCGAAAAGAUGAAUUCCAUGCAUCAUCUCAGGUACUGUGCCAUCGCGGUUGCUUCGAUGCUACACAUCCUGACCCCAGAGCUCGCGAAAGACGUCGACAAGUACGUGCUUUCCCACCAAUCCUGGGACGGCGGCCUUUCGGGCGAGCCCGGACUUGAGGCCCACGGUGGCUACAGCUACUGCGGCUUUGCCUCGCUCUGCAUCCUCGGUGUGGACUAUCUGCCGAGGUCAUUCGGCGGGAAGAGCGACAACUCGUUAGACCUCGAGCGGUUGUUGCACUGGCUUUCCCACCGCCAGAUGCAAGCGGAGGGGGGGUACCAGGGCCGGACAAACAAGCUGGUGGACUCCUGCUACUCCUUUUGGCAGGGGACCACUUUUGUCAUCAUGCGACACUGCUGGGAAAUGCUGCACGCGGAACAAAGAAAUAGGAACAAAAAUAGCGCGGACGGUAAAAAUAACUUGCUUCUUCCCGACCUACCGAAGGCAACGAACUGGUCGAUGCCCGAGCCGCUGCAGAUGUACGUCUUCCUCGCGUGCCAGGAGGAGGAAAAGGGUGGUUUAAGGGAUAAGCCGGGAAAACGACCGGAUUACUACCACACGUGCUACAGCCUGUCCGGAGUCUCCGCGGCGCAAAACAUUUUCGAGACCACGGGGGAAAUCGGGUUUAAGGAGAAUUUGUUGGAACACACAGCGCACGUCUCGGGGGACAAACAGCGGAACAAGGUCAAGCCGAUAGACCCCUUUUACAACGUGGGGAUUGAUAAGUCCUUCAAAAUGGAAAGUUACUGGGCGGAGGUGAAUAAGCGGGAACCCUUCAAAUCGCCGACUUUGGGAGAACUAGGGUCAGAGGGGGCGGGGGUGAAGUUUUGGAGGAAAAGGUUUCGGGAAUUUACGGAGAAAGACUUCGAAAAGCUGUGACAUUAUUACUUGACCUGCUCUUGGUUGUAGUUGUACACAUUGAACAGUAGAGUCUUUUCACACGACGACUGUCAUAAUAUUCAUCUUCGAAACAUCAAAUAACGCGACAACAUAUUGAUUGCUAUUUUUUCCUCUGAGUGGUUAAAGAAAACGACGUAUAAGCUCGAAGAACCUGAUGUCGAAACAGGCAGCUUGCAUGCAAUCUCGCUAGCUGCGAACACGAAUUAAGAUCUAUCACCG